AUGAAAGAAAUUCCUUUUCGUGGCAAUUUCAACCACAAACCACAAGCGGCGAUUGUUCUUCUUGUCCUCUCAGCCUUGUUAUUGUUGUUCUUGUCUUUGAUCGAGGUGAAGGCCAAUCCACUCUCCACCACACAAUUAGAGGCUGAUCCGACCGUUGAUAUUUCAGCUGUUGGAAAACAGCAUCGUGAGGAUCCACUCUCCGAUGAAUUUAGAAAUAUUUUGAAACAAGAUGCCAAACUCCGAGAUGAUAUCAUGAAACGAUUUCAGGAAUAUUUGAGAGUUCCAACACAACAACCAAAACCACAAUAUACCAAGGUGGUUGAUUUCCUUUUGAGUUGGACACGAAGAAUUUUCAAUGUGAAAGAGAACGAAUUGGUUGAGCGUCAGGUGUCUCCUCGUCUCAGAGUUGCGGAGAAUGACAGAAUCAAAUAUUAUAUUUAUGCGUGCAAACCUGAGAAGCCUUCAUUCAUAUUGACAUGGAAAGGAAAGAAUCCGCAAAAAGGAUCUAUUAUGAUCAAUAGUCAUACAGAUGUUGUGCCAGUAGAUAAAGACCAAUGGAAGUAUCCACCAUUUGAUGCUGAAAUGGUUGAUGAAUCAACAGGUAGAGGAAGAAGAGUGUAUGCUCGUGGAGCACAAGAUAUGAAAUGCGUUGGUUCUGCGUAUUUGGAAGCCAUUGAUCGAUUGGUUCAGUCUGGAUAUCAACCUGAGAGAAACUUGCAAGUAGUUUUCAUUGCUGACGAAGAAAUUGGAGCAGCGGAUGGUUGGGAAUGUUUGGCAAAUGACAAACAAAUGAUGAACGAAUUGAAUAUUACCUUUGGAUUGGAUGAAGGUCUUGCCAGUGGAGAAAAUGAAGAUGUCAUUCCAAUUUAUUAUGGCGAAAAUGUUGCAUGGUGGUUUGAAAUUACUGCUGUUGGGAAUGUUGGUCAUGGUUCUCAAUUUAUUAAAGAUACCAGUACUGAAAAGAUUCACAAAUUACUUCGUGACAAGGUAUUUCCACUCAGAGAACAACAGCAAUUGCAAAUGAAACUUCAAACAAAGAAUCCAAGAGAAAAAUCGCAACCUAGCACAGUUGUGACCAUUAAUUUGACUGGACUGCGAGCUGGCCACACAUCCAAAGAGACUGGAGAUUUUACAAAUCCUAAUGUUAUUCCAAGAACUGCUACAGCGUUAUUUGACAUGAGAAUUCCUCCUCAUAUUGACUUGGUUGAAAUGGAAGACAUGCUUCAUGAAUGGGCCAAUUAUGUGAACGGAACAAUUAGAUUUAUUGAACAACCUAAAAAGAAUCCAAUUACUGAUCUCGGAGAUGCCACUGUAAAGAAAUUCUUAAGUAUUAUCAACGACAGAAUGAAAACUGAAUUGAGAAUUUUCCCAGCAGCCACUGAUGCACGUUUUCCAAGAAGAUUAGGCAUCAAUAUGAUUGGUUAUAGUUUCAUGCCAAACACCAAAGUGCUGCUUCAUGACCACAAUGAAUAUCUUGAUGAAUCAGUUUAUUUGGAAUCGAUUGUGCAUUACAUUGCUAUCAUCAAGGGCUUGCUCGAUCAAUAA